UCAGCAUCAGCGCUUCAUGACCGCGUUUCCUCCUCGUCUCCCGCUCCCAUCUUCUGCUGCACGUCCGCCGUAGCGUACGGUGCCGGAGAAGGGCGCCUUUGCCCAAGACGACCCCGCAAGUACCCCAAACGCUGUGAGAUUUGGACAUCUCGGCAUCACCUCCAGGCGCUCGUACCCCGGGUCCCCCCAUCUCGUUCCCAACCAGCAUGAAGGCAGGACUAGGAGGGAUGCGCGCGGGACUCGGUGUGGUCUGCAUACUCAGUCGCAUAGCGCGCGCGACGUUUGUCGAUCCCCUACCUCAGUCGUGGUUCUUCGACUUCUACUCCCCAGAUGAUCUCGCGCAACCUCUCCUCUUCCCCGUGGUCCGGCAGUGCGACACACUGACCAUUCAAUGGACCUCCGAGGGCGCGUCAGACCCGAAACCCUCCCCGCCGUACAGCUUGACGGUCCUCUCGUCAGCCUAUGAUUAUCCGAUUACGCUCCCCGCGGGGGACGGGAACAGCGUGGCUUACCAGGUCACCUCUCCGCCGCAAAGCCAGUUUCAAAUAUGCAUGUUCGACUCAGCAGGCAACACCGGCGGCUGCCAGCGCAUAUACUCCGUCCUCGCAUCUGAUUCGACCCCAACCUGCGAUAAUUCGUCCCUGCCCGACGCACCCGCGCUCCUGGAUGUGAAGGCUACAGAUGACGAUGGGACGUUGGCGAAUGAUCAGAACGGGCCGGGGGAGUGCACGAGUGUUGUCUUCGCAUCGCAGAAUGGGACGGGGCCGUAUAACUUGACGAUCUUUCCACCCGGCCACCCUCCGUACAACCUCACUACGGACGAGGACAGCAGUGCCUCGAACUCAGAUGAUGACGGAGCCCUUGACUGGACUGUCGCACUCUCCGCCUCUAAUGUCUUCUGGGCCGCGGUCGCGGACAGCACGGGCGCGCAAUGGCUCUACCCGCGCCCGAUCCGGGUCGGCGAGGGCGAAGACACGCUAUGUCUCUCGGGGAACACCUCCCUCCCCUCCGGCAUCUCCCCCGGUGCCGCAGCCGGCAGCGGCGUCGGCGGUCUUGUCGGAGGCUUGCUCCUUGGCGCCCUCGCCGCCUGGCUCGCUUUCCGCAGGCGCUUUCCGAGUGAUGGGAGCUCGGGGUCAGGCUCGCCGACGGAUUAUCGUGUCGUGCCGUUUACGGAUGCGGACGUGGGAGGCAGGGAAGGUAGGUGGAAGGCUUGACUUUGGCGUCCUGGAUUUGUUGAGCCCUCUCGAUGGAUGUUUCCUCACCAUGACUGUUGUUUGUCCACCAUAACGGGUGCUUCUCCACCAUGACUGUUGUUUCUCCACCACGACUGUUGUUUCCCCACCAUAACGGGUGUUUCUCCGCCAUGACUGCUUUUUCUUUGACCCGAUCGCUAUUUGUCUCGAAGUCAAGUACUCACCACACCUACCCACAGACGCCCCCUCCUUCGCUGACCGCCUCGUCGCGCCGCAGCGGAAGAGCGUGUACGUCGUGCACGGGCUCGGCGGCGCGCCGGUCACGGUGUAUCAUGGAGAUGAUACGCGCGUCGUCGAGCUGCCGCCGGGGUACGUAGAUGCGCGGACG